AGUUUCCAUAACAACAGUAACAUGAUUUCAAUUUUUCUACUUUGAGUUAAUCGUGCGUGAUUACAAACUUUUUUAUUACAAUAUUAAAGCUCUGAGGUCUUUAAAAUGGCACCUCCUCCAAAAUCUCGAGCAGACAAGACAUCUAAAUCAUAUACAACUCCAGCUCCUGCAAUAACACAGGAUAUAAUACCUGGAAAAUUUAAUGACAGAGACUGGAAUUUUAUGCUGGAGACCGAUGACAAUGAAGAAUUUGUCUAUGAAAUCACCGAAGAAAUUGUAGAAAAUGCAUUAGAUUUAAUAUUUAAAGGAUAUAUUGGUAAUCAACUUAUUCCAUUUACUGUCGCUCAAGCUAAGGAAGCCCUAUUAGAUCUUAUUGAGUGGCGAUUUUUGCAAAGAGACGAAGGAGAGAUUGCAGUUGAAUGGCUAGAAGAGGAAGAACAGAUAGAAGAGAGACCGUGUAGUCCAAAACAGGCAUGGUCAUUGUGGACAGAAGAUGAAGAGCCUCCAACCCCUGUACCUGAUUGUUGGGCCCAAGGAGUAGUACCGGUUGAAGUUCGAAGAGUUUCGUCUGCCAGGAGCCAGAAGGAGGAGCCAAUACCAGAGGAGACUGUUGAAGAUGCUGAAAAUGCUAAAGCCCAUAUACCUUCCAUUCAAGAAGAAACAAGGGAAGAAGUUGAAAGGGAAGAUGCUGAACGAAUUGAGGAAAAUACUGAGAACGAUCAGAACGAAGAAGAUACUCAGCCAUAUGAAAAACAGACUUCAGAGAAAGAGGAAAUUGCAGUAUUAGAACCCAAAUCAGAUGUUCAAGAGCGAAGAAAAGAUGAGAGAAAGAAGCAAGAUUUGAAGAAACGGAAAAAAACUUAUAAACCACAUGUUGGCAGUUUACCGAAAGCAAAUCUAGGACCGAUGGAAAGUUUAGAUCAAACCGAAAAUCGUCUGUGUUUUGAAGAAGUUAUGAAAUACGUAUCGGGAAUCGAAAGGGAAAGAAGUAUUAAUGAUUUAGAUCCGAAAGCUCUACUAUUACCUUUAUCCGCCCAAUCGCUGAUCAAGUUGCAAGGAGGAAGACCGCCAGCAACUCGAGAUGUCUUUUAUGAUGAUUAUGGUAAUGUUAUAGGCGUAACGAAAAUCAAACCGGAGCAAUUGCCAUCUCAUAAAGUAAAUGUUAAAGUAAAGGUCACCGAUCCAUCUCUGGCAAAACAAAGAAAAUUCACCCGUAAAACAGAAUCCUCGUUAGUCAACACAUCUCUUGAUGAGAAAGUACCGAAUGCAACAACAGCAUCCUCAAAAAAGCCAAUAGGAAAUACACUUUUAGAGACUAUUGACGUUGCUCCUGGUGUUCUCGUAAAAGAAGGUGAGCGAAUUAAAAAAGGACCAAAACAGAACGUGCGUAGAACAAAUCAGGGUGUAUCUCUAGAAGCUGAAUUACGUCCGAUAGAAACUGUUGCUAGAGUUCCAAUUACAACUGUAAAAGAGAUUUUAGAUCAUCAGAGUCCUGUUGUUAAACCUUUACCACAAACUCCACCCAUUCCUCCAAUACCGUCAAGUGCUAGUUACACAUCAGACAUUUACUGA